UAAUGAAAACGAUUCCUAGCAAAUGGAUUUAUAGUGAAUGACGUAUUUGCCGUUUUACUAGGUUAUCGAGACCUUGUCAAGUGUCGGUUGUAUUACAAAAAUUAUGACAUCUAUCAGUGAAAUCGAUGCGGUGCCUAAAUCGAAAAAACCAUCGGAUAGUGCAUUUAAGCAGCAACGGCUACCAGCAUGGCAACCAAUACUUACAGCAGGCACAGUUCUACCCACGUUUUUUGUGAUAGGAAUUGCAUUUAUACCAGUUGGCAUAGGAUUACUGUACUUUUCUGAUGAAGUCAGGGAACACACGAUAGAUUACACAUACUGCAAAUCCAUCAACAUUACUGAAGACAAUGGACUGCCUAAGAAGUGUGCAGAUGUAAUUGCAGCAGAUCCAAACAUUACCUGCAUAUGCAAAAUAAAUUUUGAAUUACCUACAGAUUUUGCUGGCAAAGUUUACAUGUAUUAUGGCCUGACAAACUUCUAUCAAAAUCAUCGUAGAUAUGUAAAAUCUCGAGACGACAAUCAAUUGUUAGGAAAGUUAGACUACUUUGUUUCGGGUGAUUGCGAACCAUUUGCCUACCAAGAAGUGAACGACACAAAAAUUCCCAUUGCCCCAUGUGGUGCUAUUGCAAAUUCGCUUUUCAGCGAUGAGCUGAUGCUGUAUUCCUUAAAACAUGACGAGCUUGUACCAUUACUGAAAACUGGUAUAGCUUGGCCAUCUGAUAAAAAUAUCAAAUUCAGAAAUCCAGAAGGCAAUCUGAAGGAAGCAUUCAAGAAUUUUGCCAGGCCUAAGAACUGGACUAAACAUAUUUACGAGUUAGAUCCUUUUGAUGAAAACAACAAUGGAUUCCAAAAUGAGGAUUUAAUUGUAUGGAUGAGAACUGCCGCACUACCCACUUUCCGAAAGCUCUAUCGUAGAAUUGAUCAUACUAAAGAGGGCUAUAAGGAUGGUCUACUUGCAGGAAACUACACUCUUCAAAUUAAAUAUUCAUUUUCAGUAACCUCUUUUUAUGGAAAGAAGAAGAUGAUCCUAAGUACAACUUCACUUUUGGGAGGAAAGAAUCCCUUCCUUGGUAUUGCUUAUAUUGUCGUGGGGAGUUUGUGCUUAUUGCUGGGCGUAGCACUACUUAUUAUACAUAUUAAAUGUUCUAAGAGCAAACUAAUGUAAAGACGACUACAAGAAAGUAUUCUUAGGGCACCCGUGUAUGUUCUUCACCACCGACAUGAUCAAUGUGACUCCAACUACGGAAUAUCAUCAUAAUUAGGAAUGAUUCGUUUACUUGAAAUAAACAUGAUUUUACUAGCAUGAAUAAGUUUAUUAUCGUAGGAUGAGUGAACUUCUCUAUCUGACAACAUUGAUCUUCGUUUAUCAUCAUAAACGAAAAUAUAGAUAAAUGCGGUAAAGCAAAUCAAUCAAUCAAAAAUUUCUUAUUUAAACGAUAGUUUUAACUCGGGAAUAAUCACCUGGAGAAAUUUUUACAUUCCACCAACGAAGAAAUAAAGUAAUUUUAUUGAUUGUAUAUCCAUAUCUACAUUUCUAUUUUACUUUUCUUCUGAAAAAUAUUGAAUUAUAAGUAAACCUAUGUACACAUAAUGAUCUCAAAUGUGAAUAAAUUGUAGAAUAAUCAACAAUGUACAAAUGUAAUUAAUAAUAAUAAUUUUUAAUUGGAAUGAAAAAUACUCUAGGUGAUCGUUUACGUAAAAAAAAACUAGAUUGCUAUUUCCGGGUUAAAAAAGUUUUUAAUUAAGUUUCAGUAUUGUUAUAUAUACAUAAUAGCAUACAUAAUAGGAUUUUCAUAACAGAAUUUUAUAUUAUUAGAAUUAUAAUAAUAAACUUUUAAAUAUAGUUAUUUUAAUUAAUUAUUUGAAACUUUAUUGACAAUUAAGUACCUGUUGCUGUCAAUAUUUAAGUUACAAAUCCUAUUAUGGAAUACUAUAUAUCAGCAAAGUGGACGAAAGUAUUAUGUAAAUGAUUACACAAUGCUGAACUCAAAUGUUUAUUAAAAUGUUAUUCCAUUUGUAGAUAGUGUGAAUUUUUUGUAAGAUAUUCUUUUCAAUGAAAAAAUGCGCUUCGUUGCAUUUGUUGAUGCACUUAUCUUAUUUGUUGAUUUAGAACUUUAUAUUUUAAAUCUUGAAGUUAUAACAUAAUAAUACAAAAAUUAAAUAUAAAUUAAAUAUUUCCUCGCAGAGGUUUCAUGUAAUACAACACUGCAAAGUUACCUCUCUUUUUUGCGCAAUUUUAUUUGUUUAACUUUGAAAUAUCUUAAAAGUAACGUAAUUUACAUACACAUCCGGUAUUGUUGAAAAAUAUGUUUAAAAAAAUAUCUUUAAAACAGAUUCGAGCAAAAUUCUUUUGUAACUAUUGUAUUUUAUGAAGAAAACUAUUAUUAAUGCUGUCACUUAAAAACGAAUAUUGCGUAAAAAAAUAUGAUUAUAGAUUCUAUAAAUUUGUGUCUGUCAUGCACUUGUAAUUUCUAGAUGUCUUGAAAGUAUAAGAUCUGUAGGAAAAGUAAAAUAUUAUGUUUGCGGAAAUUAAUUAUAUUACAAAAAUGUUAAUAAUGAUACAUAUACGAAUGAACAUUAAUAUUUUUCUUUUUACAAAAUUUGAUUUAUUAAAAUGACUGAUACCAUUAAUUAUUGAUCAAUCAAUAAUAAUAUUUUAUGUACAAUGACUCAAAAAUAUUCAAAUAACAAUGUAUUUUUAAAUUAAGUAAUAACGUUUGAAUAUUAAUCCUGAGCUCAUAUGUAUCUGCAUAAAUUUUUCGUUAAUUUUGAUCUCUUUACAGAGAGAUAGUGUUGUUCUCAGAAUUUUUGUUCUGAGAACAAUUUUGGUUUAUGGUGCCUUAACUAGAUCUGUAUAUUGAAACGACAUAUUUAAGACAGUGUAUCGUCUAAUUAUAAUUACUUUAUAACCGCGUAGAAAUAGAUUGCUGAAGUCAGAUUGCGAUGUAAAAUCAAUCUAGUCUAUUGUGAACAUGAUAAUAAAUAAAGAGAAACAAUUAAAAAAUUCAAACACAA